CCCACCAUCUGGGGGCACCAGGGAAACAGGGGGUAGUGAACAGAGCUUUGCUAAAGGCCCCCUGCAGCCUGCCACCUGACCCUCUCUGGACUCAGGCAGAAGGAAUUGACGCUGUGGGAGGCCAAGGGCAGCCCUCCCCAUCCAGCCACCUGGCCUGGGCUUCCUCCUUCCCUGCCUCCUUUCUUUCUUUCAUUGAAUUCAGCUGAUAUUUGGGGUGACCUAGUAGGUACCAAGCAGGCACCGUGGGGGAACACAGAUGCACAAGUGGUACAGAGCUAUCCAGAGGCCCCAGGCCUGACUCUGGGACACUGCGGCCUCCCUGGGGAAGCAGCAGUGUCAUAGAGGUGAUCUGAUGCAAGCAAGGAGUAUCUUGAGGGAGGAAAGGGAAUGAGCCUGAGGCAGUAGGGUCCCUCAUCCAGACUCUGACCGCAGGAUUCCUACGAUAAGAUUCUCAGAUGCUGCUUCCCCCUGGUGGUAACCAGUUACCCUGCAACUCGGAGACCACGUGAUUUCGGGGAAAAGGACCUCCCUGGAGGAGAACUGAAACUUAGGGUGGGGACUGUAGAAAGGGGCGGAGAGAUCCAGGAGCUGCCUAGCCGGGAGCUGAGCUGAGGUCGGCUGAGCCCUGGGACAGCCUGCACAGCAGCUCAGGAUGGCAUCAGGCAGGGCACGUUGCACCCGAAAGCUCCGGAGCUGGGUGGUGGAGCAAGUGGAGAGCGGGCAGUUCCCAGGAGUGUGCUGGGAAGAUGCGGCCAAGACCAUGUUCCGCAUUCCCUGGAAGCACGCAGGCAAGCAGGACUUCCGGGAGGAUCAGGAUGCCGCCUUCUUCAAGGCCUGGGCGAUAUUUAAGGGAAAGUACAAGGACGGGGACUCGGAAGGCCCUGCUAUCUGGAAGACUCGUCUGCGCUGUGCUCUGAACAAGAGUUCUGAGUUCCAGGAGGUUCCUGAGAAUGGCCACAGGGAUGGGGCUGAGCCCUACAAGGUGUACCGGCUGCUGCCACCCGGAACCCUCCCCGCUCAGCCAGGGACCCAGAAAUCACUGUCAAAGCGACACCACAGUUCUGUGUCCUCUGAGAGGAAGGAGGACGAGGUUACCACGAAGAACUGCAUACUCAGCCCCUCCUUGCUCCAGGACCCCCUCAAAAAUGAGCUGGUGGAGACCAGUGGGGGAGCAGCCUACUCAGACUCCGGGAGCAGCAGCAGUGGCAACAGCCCUGAGCCUCAGGAAGGUAGGGACACAGCUGAGGCCCCUCUCCAAGGAGAUCUGGUGUCCCCAGAGCUUCUGCCCCCUCCAGGUUCAGACUACUCUCUGCUGCUCACCUUCAUCUACGAUGGACGUGUGGUGGGUGAGGCCCAGGUGCAGAGCCUGGACUGCCGCCUCGUGGCUGAGCCCUCGAGCACCCAGUACGGCAUGGAGCAGGUGAUAUUUCCCAAACCCGGCCCACGAGAGCCCACCCAGCGCUUGCUGAGCCAGCUCAAGAGAGGGGUCCUGGUGGCCAGCAACUCCCGAGGCCUCUUUGUGCAGCGCCUUUGCCCCAUCCCCAUCUCCUGGAAUGCGCCUCAGGCUCCACCUGGUCCAGGCCCGCACCUGCUGCCCAGCAACAAGUGCGUGGAGCUCUUCAGAACUGCCUAUUUCUGCAGAGACCUGGCCAGGUACUUCCAGGGCCUGGGCCCCGCACCCGAGUUCCAGGUGACACUGAAUUUCUGGGAGGAGAGCCCUGGCCCCAACCACACCCCACAGAGUCUUAUCACAGUGCAGAUGGAGCAGGCCUUUGCCCGACAUUUACUGGAGAAGACUCCAGAGGAUCAGGCAGCCAUCCUGUCCCUGGUGCAGAGCGUGGAGGACCCGGCCUCCUUCUCCUCUCUCUGUUCCUCCUAUCUGCUUUGAGAGAGCCUCUUCCUCCACACUCUUGACCUGCCUCCCACGUUACUUUGCUGCAGGCUCCCUGAACCCACCAGACAUUUCUGCCUCAGGACCUUUGCACUUGCUGGUUCUUUUGUCUAGAACACUCUUCCUUCAGGUAAGCACAUGACUUGCCCCCUCUCUUCAGAGAGGGCUUCCCUGAACACCCAACCCAAAUAGCAGCCCUCACUAUUUUCUAUUCUCUUAUGCUGCCUCAUUUUUCUUCAUAACACUUAUUUACCACUUCACACAUUUCUAUUUGUCUACUUGUUUAUCAUCACUCCUUCCCUAUUCCAUGAGAACAGGGACUUGUUUCGUUCAUUGCUAUAUCCCCAGCGUCUAGAGUAGUGCCUGGCACAUGGUAGGCAUGUAAUAAAUACUUGUUGAAUGAAUGGACAGAUGAAUGAGCAAAUUACUGUGUCCUUUAUCUCUUAAACUAGGUCCUAAGCACCUUAAGGGUAGGUGGCCCCACUUUAUCAUAUUUGUGCCCCAGUGUGAACACUUAUGAACACUGACAAUAUACGUACAGUGAUCGAAACAAUUUGUAAGUAUCAUGUAGAAACCAAUUUAGCCAAGCACCGUGGAAUAGGGAUUGGGAACACUGGAAUUCAAAAGAGCAGAGUUCCCAACCAGGCUGCCACUAAGGAGCUGUGUGGUCUGGAACAAACAGUCCAUAUGGGCCUCUGUUUUCUCAUCUGUAAAGGCAAGUCUUGGACUAGAUUUUGAAAUCCCAUUCAGCCUUGAUAUUCUGUGGUUGUAAAUUUAGGGCAGUUGCUCAUUUCCCUGACAAACGUUUGCUGAGCUAAGUUUCAGGCACUAAUGGAAAAAACAUGAACCUCUCAAGA